AUGAGCCUCAACACCAACAAGAACUCCUACGGCGCUACGGACCUCGAGGCCGGAACGACGGGCUCUCACAUCAAGGACGCGGCCGGCGUCGGCACGUCGAGGCCUGCGCAGAAUCAAUUUCACGCCAUCGACGCGACAAAAGUCCUCACACAGGCCGCGCCGCUUCGCCGUCAUUGCCACGGUCGGCGUAUUCGGCCUGCUGGGCUUCGUAGCGGCCAUGUCGAGUUCGCGCUCGUCCGCGACGGCGUCGCAGCCGUCGCUCUAUAACAAGUGGGCUGAGCAGGGCAUUGCCGCCGGAAAUUAUGGCCGGCAGAUGGGCCAAAAGUACGGCCAGAUUGGCCAGCAGAUGGGCCAGCAGUACGGUCAGAUGGGCCGCGACAUGGGUCAGGUGGGCUACGACAUGGGCAUGGGGUAUGCGCAGAUGGGCCAGGCGAUCGGGCAACACUACCGCGACGAGUACUCGGGCGGCGGCGGCCACGGCCACGGCGGCAACACCGUGAGCUCCGGCGACACCGUGAUCAACAACGGCAAGUACCAGAAGAAGUGCAAGGUCAACGGGGGAAAUUACCAAGACUCCGUGUCGUGGCAAGCGACGGUCAACGGCGAGAUCAUCAAGAGCUACUGCCCCUGGGUCUGGCAGAACGCGAACCGCAAAAAGCACUGCAAGCAGAUGCAGAACAAUGUGCUCGUCAGCACCGCGUGCCCGUGCGCCUGCGCCGGCUACUAG